AUGUCAUCUCAUGUGUUGAUCCCAAACGCGAUGACAAUGACUACAAACGCCAAAAUGGAUUCAAUGAAUGGCAAUGUUUUGGUCGACAACAUCGCCGACAACAAGAGUGGCGUCCGAUGCGAGACAAGCGAAGACAAUGUGACGGUUCUGAUGGAAAGACUGCACUCAAAGGCCUCGCAGAUGAAGUCGUGGACAGAGUUGACCAAAAUUAUGAAACAAUCGGUGAAUGAGAAGAGAAAUACCAUUGAUGUGAACGAAAGGAGUCAACUCCAGAAGUGUUUGGACACAAUCCAAAAGAGUAUUCGUAUCACGUCUUUGCAGUCAAUGGUCGAGCGAUUGGAGACAAUCUGUCGACAAUUGGGUCUUAAGUUCAGUCUUCCUCGUCAGACGAGUCCCGCGCGGGUCGAGUGCUUUGUCCACUCAGAGAUGUAUUACGUGGAAGUGCUGUUGGAGGCGCCCACCGGUCAUGUGCUGGACUGCAAAGUGGCCCAUCAGGCAGAAGCNGUCUUCCUCGUCAGACGAGUCCCGCGCGGGUCGAGUGCUUUGUCCACUCAGAGAUGUAUUACGUGGAAGUGCUGUUGGAGGCGCCCACCGGUCAUGUGCUGGACUGCAAAGUGGCCCAUCAGGCAGAAGCACUCUUGUCCCGAACUGACGGAAGUCUUACAAAAAGGCGAUUUCGUUGAAUUCACCAAACAUUUAGAGGGAUUGUCGGCUAUAUAUCAGAUCAACGCCGAUAAGAAAAACAAGACAAAAGCUUAUCUGGCAUUACAUGCCCUCGAAAUAGAUCUCUCGAGUUUAGCAGAACUCCAGAAUCAUCAAAUCAAUGACAUAAACAAUUUGGUCCAUAAAUCUCCGGUUGGAAUAUUAGAGCCACGAAAAGGCGGUCAUCCCAUGAGACUGACAUACUUUGUGCCGCCCUAUGAUCUCAUAGACGUGGUCUCUAAAUCAUGUCUACCACUUAAUGUCGAAGUAAUAUUGGAGAAAAAGUUGGGCACUUCUGCAACCGUUUGUAUUGAGAGCUCAUCUUCUCAUCGCUUACAACACGAGUCUCUCAUAAACACUCUGAAAACACCCGAAGGAAAGAAUUUGCCCCAAUUCUCGGCCUUAACUAAUCUAAACAGUACACAACUUCCCGCCUGUUUUGUGCUCCGACUUAGCGGCACACAGUCGACAAACUCUCCAUUUCACGUGAAACUCCCGAAUCAAAGCCAUUGCUAUCACUUGAAUGAUAGCUGCGAUAAAUUGGACGGCGUUGUCAUCACAUCCAUCCCAAUCACACACCCGACACAUGUGCCCAGAAUUCUGGUUCACUUACGACAACAGGUGUUAUUCAAUGUAAUAAUCGGCAGUUUUAUUCGUCAGACUUCUAAACCGGAAGACAUAACCAACAUAUUUGAAGUGACGGCCACUUCGAUGUCGAAUAUCAACAUACAGUUCGAACACCCGACCGAAGAGUCGUUGGCCACUGUAGACCUCGAUCUCAGAGAUGUAACUAAUGUUAAGUGCAAACUCUAUCCCUCGAGUCUAUCAUCCUUUUGUUCUGACGAUUACUCUUCAAAAGUGAUGCAGAGGUGUCUAUCAAUUCCGGUGACAAUGCGAUCGAUUAUCAAUAAAUGUAAGGAAAGAGCGGCAGCUCUUAAGGAACAGAUGGGAAGAGAGCAGUCGAAACAAAUGCAACCGAAUGCCAACGAUCUAUAG